GUAAAAUUUUAUUAUAGCUUUUGUGACAGCAUUAAAACAUGAUAUCCGUCACAGCAAUUUUUAUUCUCAAUUUUUAUUUGUUGGGAGCUACUCCCAUAAAAGAAAAUUCUUCCGAGUGUAAAAAAGUCUGUCAUCCCCUAGACGAUAAAAAAAUCAAUGUCCAUUUGAUUCCACAUUCGCACGAUGAUCUUGGCUGGUUGAGAACGUUCGAUCAAUAUUACAAUGGAACCGGACAAUUCAACGCUGUAGAAAAUGCCGGAGUUCAGUACAUUAUAAGUUCAACCAUACCAGCUCUGAAAAAAAAUCCAGAUCGAAGAUUCAUCCAAGUCGAAACCGGUUUCUUCUGGAAAUGGUGGCAACAACAAACCCCCGAAACCCGGCAAGACGUGGUGGACCUGGUGAACAGCGGCCAGCUGGAAAUGACCAAUGGCGGUUGGUCCAUGAACGACGAAGCGGCGUCCCAUUACCACUCCAUCGUGGACCAGUUCACCUGGGGCUUCAGAAAACUGGAGGACACUGUGGGCAAAUGCGGCCGCCCGAAAAUCGGCUGGCAAAUCGACCCAUUUGGACACAGUCGAGAGCACGCGUCGCUGGUAAAACAGCUGGGUUUCGAUGGUCUGGUUAUCGUGAGGAUAGAUUACAGAGACAAGGAAAGGAGGCGAAGCGAGAAAAGUCUGGACUUUAUUUGGAACACGAAUCCAAACUUUGAUGAUUCCCAGAUUUUUACUACCAUGUUCCCGGACUUUUACUUCGAAGAGGCUGGAUUUUGCUUCGACGUUAUGUGUUGGGACACAAUCACGGAUUCGAACGUCAAAACAAAAGUGAACGCCUAUGCCAAAAUUUUGGACGGCUACAAGGACUACUACAAAACCAGGAACAUAAUGAUGCCCAUGGGUCGCGACUUCACGUACCAAAAGGCCGACCAGAACUUUGCAAGCUUGGACAAAUUCAUCGAUGGCUUUAAAGACCAUGACACUUACAACGUAAUCUAUUCAACUCCAUCUUGCUACAUAGAAGCGGUGAAGAACGAAGCUGCCAAAAAUUCUAUAUCUCUGGAAGAAAAAUCAGACGACUUCUUUCCGUACGCGUCUGAACCCCACUCCUUCUGGACCGGGUACUUCACGUCCCGUCCGACUUCCAAACGUUUCGAACGAGUGGGUAACAAUAUUCUUCAGAGUGUGAAACAACUGACGACGUUUGCUAGAAUUCAAAACAAAACGUAUGAUAAAAACCUUGAGGAUCUACGUGGUGUUAUGGGUGUGAUGCAGCACCAUGAUGGUAUCACGGGUACUGAAAAGCAGGCUGUUAGUGACGACUACGCUAGAAUGUUGCAUGCCGCUGUCACUAAAGCCGAGGAACCUGUGGGUGCCAUUAUUGGUGAUCUUUUGAAAAAGGACUCGGGUGAAGUCGAUCUUAAACUUUCGAGUUGUUUGCUAACUAAUGUUAGUAUUUGUGAAACGACUCAAAAAGACCGGUUUCUGGUGGUCAUCCACAACCCACUUUCUAGGGUUGUUAGUCACUAUGUUCAUCUACCCGUUGAAGGUGACAGUUAUAAAAUUACAGGCCCUGAUGGUGACGAACUUUAUGAUAUUUUUGACACGAUUCACAGCUUCGAUUAUGUGAAAGAAUCAGUUAAACCGGCAUCUCGAGAGCUUGUUUUUGUAGCUAGAGAUCUUCCAGCUUUGGGUAUCAAAGUCUACUAUGUGGAAAAAACGACACAAGAGUCGGAGUAUAAACCAUUCAAAGAACUGACAGACGAAGAUGAUGGGAAGUUUGGAACUGAGAGCAAUGGUUUUACGGUUGAUCCAAAAACAGGCAAACUAGCAACGGUGACAAUUAAUGGUGCUAAACAAGAUAUAAGUCAAGAGUUUUUGUACUACCCUAGUUACACGGAUGGUACCAGUGGUGACCAUCGAUCCUCCGGAGCUUACAUUUUUAGACCAGCGGCUAAUGUAGCCACACCCAUGACCACCCAACCCUUCGAGUCCAUCAAAUUCGUCAAAGGAAACUUAGUAGACGAACUAAUCCAAGUCAUAAACCCUGAGGUUACUCAAAUUAUCAGAAGCUACAAAGCCACCGAAGAACCAUACGUAGAGUUCGACUGGCUAGUCGGAGACAUCCAAAUUGUCGACAACAAAGGCAAAGAAGUCAUCACCAGAUACACCGUUGGCGACUUUUCCAACAACCAAAUCUUCUACACUGACGCAAACGGGCGCCAACAAGUCAAACGACAAGUAAAUAAAAGAAGCGACUUUACUUACAACGCAGACGAAGAACCAGUGUCGAGUAAUUACUACCCCGUGACGUCAAAAAUUGUCAUUAAAGACGAAAAACAGAAGUUGGAGGUGGCGGUACUGAACGAUCGUGCUGAAGGUGGUACCAGUUUGCAAGAAGGCGCUGUGGAACUCAUGGUCCAUAGACGAUUGAAGCAAGACGACGGGUACGGUGUGGGUGAGGUUUUGAGUGAGGUCCAGUACGGGAAGGGUUUGUACGUGAGAGGCCAACACUACCUCACUUUUGGUAGUACUGAGUCUAAAGUGGAAAGUGGCAGAUCGACUGCCGCUUUGGAACGAGAGUUGGCGCAUCGGGUACUUUUGGCACCAAGGGUUUUCUUCGCUGAUGCCACUGUUGACGGGUUGUCCACGCUGGAGAAAGUCCAAGGUUUGAUUGAUUUUAAGUUCGAAGCUCUUAAAACCGCUCUGCCUGAAAAUGUGCACAUUUUGACUUUGGAACCGUGGAAGGAUAGUUAUAUUUUGAGACUGGAGCACUUGAUGGAGAAGGGGGAAGAUGAUGUUUUGUCGGGGGAAGUCACUGUGGAUCUUCAGGGGCUUUUCACGUUGUUCGAUGUAGUGGAAAUUUCUGAAACUAAACUCGGGGCAAAUCAACUGUUGAAUGAGGAAGCGACGAACGUCGUUGAAGAUUUAGCAGUCGUGCUACAGCCUAUGGAAAUCAGAACUUUUCUUAUCAAGACUGACAAAAACAACAGUGGAGACGAUGCCAUCUAGAACAGUGAUUCCUGGGUAGUGAAUGAUCGUAAAGUAAAUAAUUAAAAUAAAAAUGAAAAUAAUUCCAUGUUGCCAUAUCUACCGUAAACUAUGUAAUAUAAACUAAAAUUAAUAAAAAGAUAUAUUUUGAAA